AUGUCGAUCCAAGAUGACCUCCUGGCCUCGAUCAAAGUGCAUGAUGACGCCCACGCUGACGAGGUGGCACUGAGCGAUGCGCUGUGGCAGUGCUUACGCGACUUGAGCGCCGAGGACGACGAUCAGGCCAAGUCGGGUCUUGGUGCCUCGAGCUCAUCCCAACUCGUGACAGAGGCUAGAUUUGCCAUCGCCUUAACACCGAGAACACUCCCUGUUCAAGCUCGGAACAGCUCGACUACGUUCGGCAGUUUGGUCGUUAAUGCUAGCAAGGCGACGGGCAAGAACAAGGCUGAUCAGCAACCGGUCAGUCGUCUGCCUCAGCUCGUGUGCCGGUGCUGGUUGUUGUUGGGCCACUGAUGGAUCACUGCUUUGCUGCAACAGAACCCAGGCGUUGUAUACGUACCACAAAGACUGCUCGAGCAGCACCCCGCCAUUUUUGGCUCCGCGCUCAAGUCGGCUUCGACCUCAGCCUCGUCGUCCUCGACGUCUUCCGUCCCGCUCGGUGUAUCCCGUGUUCGACCGAUCCCGCUUUCGGACCUCAUCCUCAUCGCAUAUAACUCCAACUCGUACGACUACUCGGUCACCAACAAGGACGACUUCCUGCAGUCACUGGGGAAGCACGGGCGCAUCGUUAGGUCUGGCGAGGUGCUGAGCUCCACUUCGGCUUCCGGUCAGGCGCUCGGUUGGACCGUCGCUAUGGCCGAGCCUGUGCUGCAAGGCGUGCUGGUUCCCGGUAGCACGCGCUUUCUCGUGCUUCUACCUACGGACGAGCCAGCGUCAUUGCCCAAUGGGAGCAGUACUCCGAAUGGGCAUGCCGACCACCACGAUCUGCACUCGCUCGACGACGAUGACGGCGCAUUCGACAUUGACGAAUCUUUCUUGGCCGCUUCAGUCCUUUCUCUGCCCCGACUUGAUGGCAAUUCCACACCCAUCUCUCCUCGAGACCUUCCAGGUCGUGCGCCUUCGAAUUAUUCUCCUUCUCUUUCCCCUUUCCCUAGCCAUAGCGAUGGUCCGCUCUCAGCAACGAGAGCUGCUCUGUCUCGAAGUCAGAACCAGCGCGCGCUCGUACAAGCUCAGGCUUUACAGCACCCUGUCGACUCUUCGACUUUGGUUCCGCAACCUACCGAAGGGGAGGAUGAAACACUGUGGGUUUUUUUGGGCAGUAGGGAUCUCAGUCGGUUGGGAUUAUUCAGUGGGGAUUGGGCUCUGGUCGAGUCCGAGGGAUCGAGCGCUUUGACGUCGGAGCGAAGACUGGUGCAAGUCUUCGUUUCGGACGAGCUGCAGAACGUGACCGACGAGACAGGGUAAGCUGUGGAAGCUCUGACUAUCAUUCAUGGUCCCAAGAGGCUAAAACACGAACCUGUACGACUCGCAGGGUUCCUGUUGCGUUGUUCGCCCCGACACUUCUCCACACCUUGCCGUCCAAGGCGGUCACGCUCGUCCCUGCCGCUCUCCCCUUUCAACCUGCAUUCCCUAUCGCCUCCUCCGUCACUGUAGCCCGAGUCGCAUCACCCCGGUCAGUGCAUCGAGUGUACCAGUCCCUCUUCCUCGACGGUCUCAAAGGUUUCUUUAAGGAUCGACAGCGGAUACUGAAGAGGGGCGACGUGAUCGCCGUCGGCAUCUGUGAGGAUAUGGCUCGGUUCAGCGAAGGAGCAGCCGCAGAAGAUGAGGAUGAGGUCGAGUGAGUUACGGAGCCCUUUCUGGGUGCGGGGCCGAUGGUUCUUUUCUGACGACGCUCAACAAUCUCCGUUCCUUUCCAAAGGCUACCGGCGUCUCUGAACGUUCCUACCGCCGUCGUUUAUUUCGUCAUCACGUCACUGGAGCUCUCGCCUCCGACAGAGGUCCGAGCAGAGGGGGGCGAUGAGCUGACGGAGCUACUGGACCUAGGCGAGUUCGGCUGCCAUGUGGAUCCUCGAAUGACGAAACUGGUGCAGAGUGGCGUUGAGCAUAGUCUGGUUCCGGACGUGGAGGGGUAUCUCGGGAUAGGUGAGUUGUCAUCCCAGCGUUGGCCUAGGCAGUCGCCACCAGCUGAAGUUUAUCCAUGAUGUUCACCCAUAGUCGACUCGUUUGCUGCCAAGUCAGACAAGGCCGCCUUGGAAGAGGGAACACCAACCUGGCGGCUGCUGGAAUACGUCAAAGCGUCUCUGCGACCUGGGACAAGCGACUAUGAUCUGCACUUGACGGUGCUUGUCAAAGGCGCUCAUGGGUCGGGCAAGCGAUCUCUCGUCAAAUCCGUCGCUCGUUCUUCUGGUCUACAUUUGCUCGAAUUGGAUUGCUACGACCUGAUUGGCGAGUCGGACGUCAAAACGGAGGGACAUCUACGAGCGAGGAUCGAUAAUGCGCUCUCGUGCUCCCCGUGCAUCAUGCUCUUGCGGAACAUUGAGGCGUUGGCGAGAAAAAGUCAAGCACUCGAGACUGGGCAAGGUGCGCCGAUCGUCGAAUUGAUAUCAGACACGUGGAACAUGACUGAGGUUUUCGUUGAUUUCUUGAUGUUCGUGCAGAGCCAGCGAUGACCACCGUAUUGAAAGAGUGCUUCGCGACCGCACGGCAAGGGUGGAAGACGAGCGGAUUCCCCGUCAUCAUUGUCGCGACAACGUGUGACAUCGAAAAGCUACCUAGGGGCGUUCUUGGUGCAUUCAAAGAGGAGAUUGCGAUCGAGGCACCAAACGAAGCUGAGCGUCUUACGAUCCUGCGUUCGUUGACCCGUUCCUCGGUCAUCGCGCCUGACGUUUCGUUGCGAGCUCUCGCCGUGCAGACCGCUGCACUUGUCGCGAAUGACCUGGUCGACCUGGUGCGACGGGCUGGUUCGGCUGCAGCGGAGCGAGCACUCGCGUCGAUCGACGCCUCCGAGGCGGAUGCAAGACCUCUGCGAGUCGAAGAUGUGGCUCGUGCCGGACUGGAGCUCACGGCUGUGGACUUCAACAAAGCACUGGACAAAGCUCGGGCCUCGUAUUCGGAGAGCAUCGGCGCCCCCAAGAUCCCCAACGUGACCUGGGACGACGUCGGAGGCCUAGCUAAUGUCAAGAGCGACAUUUUGGAUACGAUUCAAUUACCCCUUGAGCAUCCCGAGCUCUUCGCUGAUGGGCUGAAGAAGCGAUCAGGUAUCUUGCUGUACGGUCCACCGGGGACGGGCAAAACUUUGCUCGCCAAAGCCGUGGCGACGUCAUGCUCGCUCAACUUCUUCUCCGUCAAGGGCCCCGAGCUACUCAACAUGUACAUUGGAGAGUCUGAAGCCAACGUGCGAAGGGUAUUCCAACGCGCUCGGGAUGCCAAGCCGUGUGUCAUCUUUUUCGACGAGUUGGAUUCGGUUGCACCGAAACGUGGUAACCAGGGAGAUUCGGGUGGUGUGAUGGAUCGUAUUGUCUCUCAGCUGCUGGCCGAGUUGGAUGGCAUGUCGGAGGGCAAGGGUGGCAGCGACGUUUUUGUUAUUGGGGCGACCAAUCGACCUGACUUGCUCGAUCCAGCUUUGCUCCGCCCCGGUCGGUGAGUGAAGGCUUUUCUCUCCUUCCUGCGCCCAACGGUUCACUUACUUGCAUCUUUCCGGCGGUGACAGAUUCGAUCGCAUGCUGUACCUCGGCGUGAGCGAUACGCACGAUGCGCAGCUCAAGAUCAUCCAGGCCCUUACGCGCAAGUUCAAACUCGAUCCCAACAUCCGACUCGAGGAUGUUGCGGCGUUGUGCCCGUACAACUACACCGGAGCCGACUUUUACGCGCUGUGUUCGGACGCGAUACUGAAAGCCAUGACGAGGAAGGCGACAGAGAUUGAUGAUACUAUCAGUGAGUUGAGGUGAGAGUGUAGUUCGGUCUCACUGCAUUUACUUAAGACAGACCUUCCCUCACCCGCAGCCAAACUCAAUUUGAAUCCGCCUUACUCGAAUGGCAUCAAGCUCACGCCUCAAUACUACCUCGCCGAGAUGGCCACUCCGGCCGAGAUCGAAGUGCUCGUUUCGCAGAAAGACUUCAAGGCUGCCCUUGCCGAGGCGAGUGAUUGUGUUGUCGGGUGUAGACGCAAUAGCUUGUUCGUUUGCUAACUCCAACGGUCGAUGUCGCCUCUUGCAGUUGGUUCCGUCGGUGUCCAAGGCGGAGAUGCUUCAUUACAAGACGGUGCAGCAGAGGUUUUCGAGUGAGACGAUGAAUAGCGACGAGAAGAUGGCGGAAAAGGAGCAGCAACAGCAGCAGCCGCGGACAGGGUCGAAGGCUGUGGGUUCGGGGUCUGUCACGAUCGCACCCCCUGUCGAGCUUUCUGCGGCUGAACAGAGAAGGAAGGCUAAAGGCAAAGGGCGAGCAUGA